AAUACGUGUUGUAGCGCAGCGUAAUAGAGAUUGCGCUGUGCAGUGUAAUGUAGUCUGGUCCCUCUUCCCACAAUUCCGUGCGCGCACUCAUUCAAUGUAGACUAUUGACUAUACAGUAAUGGAGACGUUGUUUAUUGUCCAAAAUCUUCCACACUAGUCUGAAUGUCGCUGCUGUCAUAGGCGAGAAACGACUCCGUGACCUGGACCGAAACGAUCCGUGCAUUAAACAACACAUCAGUACGAUGGGGGACGCUCCAAGUCCGUCUGUUGUGUGUUUUGACCCAAAGAAAGGAGAAGAGAACUUCGCGCGGCUAUGUCAGUUCUUAAUGACGAUCUGUGGCGACAUCCUGAGGGUGGUUUUAUCUCACUAUAUAAAACCUGGCGACCUGAGAUCAGAGUUAGACAUCAAUCAAUCCAAACUCGACAGAAUAACGAAUACACAGGAAAAGGAUUUACUGUACCCGCCGCAUUCUUCUACAACAAGUAGUCCACCAAUCAGAUCAAGAGAUCUAGAUUUAUCAUUAUUGUAUAAAAUUCUGAGAAAUAUCUGCAAUAUUUCCAAACAUAGGGCUGGGUGGGGAAACCCCCCAGUCUCGGGUGACUAUUGUGUAUCUGCUUGCAUAGAGAGGAUACGGCUUUUACGAAAUUCCAUAUCUGGUCAUUCAACAAAUGGAACGAUUGGUGAUGUACAUUUCGAAGAUUACUGGCAGGAAUUGAGAACGUCCGUCGUAGAGAUUGAGAAAGAGGUCAUCGGAAGCGACAAGUAUGAGAGAGGAAUAGACCAUUUGCAUGACUGUGAUUUAAACCCAACAAAAUCAAAGGAAUAUGUAGCCCAGAUUCGUAGACUACGAGGAGAAGUAUCCAUCAAACGAGAGAGAAUCGACAUGGUAGAACAUGCAUGUAUUGAAAUUGGAGAGGAAAAUGAAGCUAAAAAGGAAAUCCUCACAGCUGCCAAAGAAGAAAUAUUGAAAGAAAUGAAAUCAUCCGAGUUAAGAAUACAGCAGAAAAUAAACAAAUCUGACUGUACAAGUACCGACAGGACUCCGUCUGCAAAGUUCAAAAACAUACAGAUUACAAGAACAACCACAACGAAGAUCAAGUUUGAAAAAAUAUAUUCUGAUAUGAGGCUGAGUCCAACAUUUGAUAAGAAAUGUUGGCUAGGAUUUCAUUAUAAUGGAAAAGACGUGUCGCUGUAUCUUCUUAAUGACAGUAAUGUUAUAAAAGAGGUGCUUAUACCAUAUAAUUAUGCCCCAUCCUUAUUGUGUAGGGAUGUUGCAACAAACGACAAAGGAGAGGCCGUGUUUACAUCUGAUAAGUCAGUAGUAGCCGCUACACAGGACGGAACAGUCUAUAAGUUAUUUGAUAUUCCGUUUUUAACUACAAAGUUCUGCAUCCUUCAUUCCGGCAACUACUGUUUUGUAACUGAUUUAUUUUCACUUACAAAAUCCGUUCGUAGGUGUUUAUCUAUCCACGAAUUUAGUGCAAAUGGUGUUCGAUUACGUGUAAUUAAUAAUAUAGAAGAGAUUGAUAUUUGGUACGUUUCUUCUAUCAGACAAAAUCACAAUGGAGACAUCGUAAUCACUGAUUCUAAAAGUUUGAUUAUACUUCGGGACGAUUUCAGCUUAAAACACAGGAUUCCAAUAACAGAGGGUGGAGUGGUUCUUCCUUGUAUGAACAGUCGUAGUGACUUACUGUGUGGUCAUAGACAGACCAUAGACUUACUGCGAAAUAAUGGAGAAUUUGUCAAUACUGUCUAUAAAACACAGAUAGAUAAAAACAUAACAAGCAUUGCCUUCAGUGUGGAUGGUACCGCCUGGAUCCUUUAUCAUACUAACGAACUGGAAAUUCUCGAACUGGAAAUCUGAAGAGAGAAGCAUUCCAUGUCGGUUUAGAAAACAAUCUUUUAUUUAGAAAUUGAAAAAAAUAUCAAUUAGUAAAUAUCAUCACCUUGUUCUUCUAUCCGUCGCUUCCGAUAUCUGACGAGUUGUCUAUCACUGAACGCAUGGAAUGUAAACUAAUCCAAUUUUUUGGCUCGUGGAAUGUUGACAUAUUUACAUGUACUCGUGGAAUGUUGACAUAUUUACAUGUACUCGUGGAAUGUUGACAUAUUUACAUGUACUCGUGGAAUGUUGACAUAUAUACAUGUACUCGUGGAAUGUUGACAUAUUUACAUGUACUCGUGGAAUGUUGACAUAUUUACAUGUACUCGUGGAAUGUUGACAUAUUUACAUGUACUCGUGGAAUGUUGACAUAUUUACAUGUACUCGUGGAAUGUUGACAUAUAUACAUGUACUCGUGGAAUGUUGACAUAUUUACAUGUACUCGUGGAAUGUUGACAUAUUUACAUGUACUCGUGGAAUGUUGACAUAUAUACAUGUACUCGUGGAAUGUUGACAUAUAUACAUGUACUCGUGGAAUGUUGACAUAUAUACAUGUACUCGUGGAAUGUUGACAUAUUUACAUGUACUCGUGGAAUGUUGACAUAUUUACAUGUACUCGUGGAAUGUUGACAUAUUUACAUGUACUCGUGGAAUGUUGACAUAUUUACAUGUACUCUUAUGCGGACCCAGAAUAUUUUCGCGGUGGGUCAAGCCUACGCAUCUUGGUAAUUAACCCAGUUUAUGAAAAAUAAAAAAAAUAAAAAUUUGUAGAUCAUUGCAUUAUUUAUUAUAAAGAAUAUUUCAGGAGCGAUCUUAUUCAUUACAUAUAUUUCUUUUUUAUUUCUUACUGUAGUGUAACAUUUUACUCAGCUCUCAUGCAUGUAAAAAUCAUAAAUCUCUGGCACAGUUAAAGGGCGAUAGAAUGAAUGAAGCACAGUUAAUGUAUCACCGCCACACAAAGGGAAAACCGCUCUAUUUAUAUGCAGUGUUUAUAGAUUAUAGAGUAAAUUCAAACAUAAAGAACAUUUAAAGGCAAAAUCGAACUUGGUAAUGUUGCAGAAAGUUUUAAAAUGUGUCAAUUGCUGUAUUAUACCCCACCCCCAUUUCAAAAAUAUAUUGAAAACGAAUUGGCAAUAUUUACGAGUAAAUUGAAGUCCUUAAUAGUGCAUGUAUAAACGCAAAUGUGAUUGUAAUAAUGAAAUAAAUUUUCAAAUUAAA